UCGCUUUCCUAGCCUGAAGUCAGUGCUGACCAUAUUAUCACAUUACCUCCAUUUUCCUUCCUGAAUCAGCGCGUGCAUGACAUUAUUGGUGUUAAAGGACGUGUGAUAUACCGAAUUCAGUUUUUUACUAGUUACGGAGUUAUUCACCUGGGAUAAGUAGUUGGGAUUGAUUUUUUUUUAAAGCCUGCUCUCUGUCUUGACACUUGACACAUUAAGUACGCCUAUAUUCGUCUGCUAGCUAUACCAGUGCUUGUUGUAACGACAAAGACUAACAAGAAACCGACAAAAGACUAGAAGUACGAGCAGGAGCAACCGUGGAUCCAGAGAGGCCACUCAGGAUUAUAGCAAGCGUAAUACUUGAUGAUGAUGCUGUUUUACUGAACUUAAGUGCCUUUCAAAUCUACUUUUAACAUUGCAUAUUAGACUAUGAAAAAUUGAUAUUGACAAUAAUCAAACUAUUUUAGCCAGAAUGCCUCUUCAGCUUGUGAAAGAUUUGCCAAGUGAGGAAAGGGCUUUGAAAACCUGCAUGUUUUGCCAUAGGAAUGAUGAUAAUGAACUACAGUUCGGGAAAUUCUAUACAAAUGAGAACAUUACGGCACACUACUAUUGCCUUCUUUUUUCGUCUGGAUUAGAGCAGAAGGGAACAGAUGAAGAGGGUAUCCUUGGUUUUUUGAAGCAUGAUAUUAUCAAAGAAAGCAAACGUGGAAGUAAAUUGGGUUGCAGCAAGUGCAGACACAAUGGUGCCACUGUUGGAUGUUGUAACAAAGCUUGCAAGAAAACCUAUCACUUUCCGUGUGGAGUUGAGAGUCGCAUGCUGAAUCAGUACUUUGGAGCUUUCAAUUCAUACUGCAUCAAGCAUCAACCCAUCCAGAAUGUUGUUGUCAAAGGGCAUGGACAAAAGGCAACUUGUACAAUUUGCCAUGAAGAUGUUAUCGCCCACCCUAACUUUGAUGUUCUUUGGGCACCAUGCUGCAAGAAGCAGUCAUGGUUUCAUAGAGUCUGCAUGCAAAAGCUGGCUCUAAGUGCUGGGUACUUCUUUAAAUGCCCAAUAUGCAGUAACAACACCUUGUUCUGCAGUGAGAUGAAACGAUGUGGAAUAUAUGUUCCAGAACAAGACGCAUCGUGGGAGUUGGAACCUAACGCAUUCCAGGAAUUAGUCCAACGGCACAAUAAGUGUGACCAUGCCGUUUGCAUAUGCCCAAAAGGGCGUCAACACGAUGGCGAAGGAACGAGAUGGGAGCUUUUGCUGUGUUCUUCUUGUGGCUCAAAGGGUAUUCAUAUUGGCUGUGGUAGAUUAGACUGGAGUACAAUGGAGUGGGACUGUGAUGACUGCAGUUCGCUUGAGUCGAGACGAAACAGUGCGAAUGCAUCUCCUGCUACUGAGGUUCCUACAGGUCCACAACCAUCUGCCGUGUUAGCUCCUGUUAUUGCCAAUGCGUUCACACCUCGUUUGGGAGUCAAACGGCCUCGCUCAGGUGAUUCAACAAGUGACAGUGAAGCUGACGCAAAUAGCAGCGAAGACGAGAGGGAAGUUGACAUUACUUCCGUCAGCGAUUCGGAGUCUCCUGCCAAUUCGCUAGCUUCCCCAACUUAUCCGAGUGCAACCAUUUCUCAGCCUUCGCGAAACGUUGCCAGGAGAGGUGGCCGAGGUGGUUCCUGGUCUUCAAGAGCUAGUGUCAGUCAUUCAGAACCGAAACGGUCAUGUAACUUUGACAAAUUGCGAUUCAAAGUCACUGAUGACGACAAAAAUAUCAUCGUAAUAUUUGACAAUGACGAUCAGGCGCAAAACAAAUCGUACACUAUACCUGUUGAUCAACCGACCUCUCAUUAUCGUAAAAUCCGCGCCAGCAGCAAGUGAAUACUUAAAAUCGACGUUUUAUUCACUUUCCCUUCGUUUUUUGUAUUGGUCUGUCAAUUUCUACUUCGAGGCUUUCAUAACAACCUCCUCAUUUAUGUGUUUACAUUUACAAAUAAACGUGAAGAUCUGCUGGAUCGCCUCGCAAUAA